AGUCACCUCAACGAUCUACACCUUGCAGAUCCCGACUUCGGCCAACCUAACAAAAUUGACAUACUCCUGGGAGUAGACGUCUACGCUGAUGUGCUGUUGCAAGGCCGGCGGAAUGGACCCCCUGGUACACCUACUGCCUUUGAAACUAAGUUUGGACGGGUACUCACUGGCAAAACAGACAAUCUCAAAGUCCCCUCAAAUGUUGCAGCUAUAACCAUGCAAUCACACUCUCUGGUGACGACAUUCUCCGCAAGUUCUGGGAAAUUGAAGAAUGCCCAAGAGAUGUCUCAAAUCACUCACCAGAAGAACGCUCUGUUGUUCAUCAUUUUGCUAAAACCCACAAGAAAAGAGAAGAUGGUAGAUUUGUCGUACCACUUCCAAAAAACCCUCGGACAAAACCUCUUGGAGAGUCAAGAUCAUCUGCUGUACACCGAUUCCUCUCUCUCUCUCUCGAGCGAUCUCUCCACUCAAAGGAUCAAUUUGAUGAAUUUGCUACUGUCAUGAACGAAUACAUGGAUCUCAAACACGCUGAAUGUGUACCAGAAGCAGACAUGCACAAACCCUCUCAAGAAACGUUCUAUUUGCCCAUGCAUGCUGUCCGAAAAGAAGAAAGUACGACAACAAAACUCAGAGUUGUAUUUGACGCCUCUGCCAAAUCGAGCAAUGGUAUCUCACUCAAUGACAGCCUGCUUGUCGGACCUACCAUUCACCCCCCUCUUAUUGAUGUUCUCCUUCGAUUCCGUACACAUCGAAUUGCUCUCACCACAGACGUUAGCAAAAUGUAUCGGGUUGUCGAACUAACCACUGCUGAUCGCGAUCUCCAUCGCUUUGUGCGGCGGAACAACCCUCUGCUUGACUACAGGAUAACUCGCAUCACCUUCGGAGUAUCUGCUUCCUCAUUUGCAGCUAACAUGGCUGUCAAGCAAAAUGCUAUCGACCACGCUAUGGAAUACCUACUUGCAGCCAAGAGCGUGGACACUUCAUUCUAUGUUGAUGAUGGACUCACAGGAGCUGAUACUGUUCAAGAAGCUAUUGAGCUUCAACGGCAACUCCAGGACUUAUUCUCUGCAGGAGGAUUUCUUCUAAGAAAGUGGAACUCUAGUGAUCUACGAGCUAUCCAGCACUUGCCAGCAAACCUCAAAGACCCCAAGUCUAUUCAAGAAAUGCCCUCGACGGAAGAAUACACAAAGACACUUGGAAUUCAAUGGAAUGCUCCCAAGGAUUGUUUCAAACUGUCUGUACCUUCUCCUACACCACUGGAAACUCUGACAAAACGUGGUCUUGUCUCAGAUGUUGCCAAGACUUUUGAUGCCCUAGGUUGGUUUUCUCCCUCUACUAUCAAGGCCAAGAUUCUCAUGCAGCAGCUAUGGGAGCUAAAGGUUGACUGGGAUGACUCUGUGCAUGCCUGA